GGCUGGUAGUGGGCGAACCUCGAAUGGUUCGCAUAGGCAGUACCUAGGCAAGGGCGUGUGUGCCACUUGGCGCCUGCUGACACCCUUUGCAGACACCCGCCUCAGAUUCGCCUUGCCUGUUCGCCCACGGUACCUGAGAUGUGACUCUUCAAUAUCCCCACAGGCGAUGUUGAUCACUCGCCAGGCUUCCAACGUUCCUUUGUCUUGAAGAGCGGCUGAAAUGCUUCUAGGCCCCAUGUAAUCUCUUGUCUCGACUCCUCAUCAUGUCGUGUCCACGGCCACCAAGCCAGGGCCAUGGAACACCUGGGCAGUCGCCUUGAGGGCGAUCAAUCGCAUAGAGAACUGCACAUUUCACCACCUUCCAAGAGCAGACUUGACCAACGCCUACCCGGGCGUAUUCCCCUUGCGAGCCUGUCCGAACCCACCAUAGACACGUCCUCAUUUGGCCUAGCACCUGCACGGGAGCCUCUGCUGGUGUAACGACAUUUGUGUAUAACGGGCAAAAUACACCAGCCACCUUGUGGUUCCAGGUUUGACUCUGGCUGAUGAUGGCCUAUGGAUCAAUUGCAUGGAACGGCACGCCUCUAUGCUGAACUGGGAGGGCGAGCGUGUUUGCCUUUCGGCGGAGGCUGCAGAAUCCUUCACUGGCUGGUCCAGCCAACUUCGGAACUCAACAUUCGAGCAUGUGCCUCAUUCUUGCCCGCCACUCUUCUUUCUCUGCUUCACUCAUGUUCGCCGGAUACGUUGCAGACUGCUCUAGAAUCCGAGAUCCGCUUGUCGACAACGUGGCGCCAUCAGCUGAGACCCAUUCGACGAGCGAUAUUCUUUUGCCGUCACACCUAGCCAGUCUAGCGCGUGUCCGGGUUCAUGACGGAGUUCAGCCGCAUCGGAGCCUACAUAUCCCAUUUUGCUCGAUAUUCCACUCACUGAGGGGCGUCGAACUUAUAGAUAAGCACUCCUUGAAUGUCCGCCGUUGACAUCAUGGCUCAGCCCGGGCACCGUUCAACUCGGCAUCGGCAUUCGAACCCAGAAGACGACGACCUCGGUUCUCCAGACCUGAGAUUCAGCUCCCGUAUAGAAAGCUUCAGCGACGUCGCCGAGCUGGAAUUCGGUGGCUACUAUCAGGGUGGAGCCACUCCUUCAAGAAGCUCUAGCCUGUCCUCAUCACCCUCACUUCGAGGGCGGGAAUCCCUGGUUUCGUUAUCGACGCAGCAGUCUGGGACCGUCACAGGUACACCGAGAUCACACUACAAACCCUGCAACCCGACAUAUGGAAGGACUGCGUACCAAGAGCUCGAAGAAUUUAGGCACUCUCCUUUGGAGCCCUCCCCAAGUACGCAGAGCAGGGACUCGAGGCAACAUGCCGCUUCCAACAACUCCAUGUCCUGGGAUAUCGCGGGGGAGAGGGAGAGCACGGAUAUCGCCCUGAUUCCUGCGGCGGCGGCUAUAGAUGGAUCAGGACCGCCAGUAUCAACGCCAACGUACACAGACCUCGAAAUGUCCACAUGGAGGGAGCAAGAGAAGGCAGGGAAACUAUCUAAUGGCCUAGGCGUGGGACUGAGACCACCUACGACGAUUCGAGAGACGGAAUUAUUGCUCACUGGACCAGUUGACGACCAAAUUCUUUCGCCCACGUUGUUAUUCUACCGAAAGUCAUUUUUGAGUCGUGCUGCUACUCGAAAGGCACUUGCGCAGAGCGCGGCAGAUCGAGCCGGUCAAGCCGUCCAGGUCAUUAUUGAAGACCCGGAUUCUGACAACCAUGAAGACGAGAAUCUCUGCCCUCCCGAGAUGGAUGCCAGCUCGGACCCAACGAAUAGAGAAGCGAUUGAGUCCGAGGAGCUGGCCGAGCUAAAAGCUGUCAGGACGGGUAGGGUGUUCCAGCGCAAGGCCAAGCGGACGGAGACGUUCUAUCCGCAUCCAGACUGGAAGCCAGUCUCGAUGCGUUGGCCGUAUCUCUCCACGUUGAUCCUGAUCUCAGUGACCCUUGGAGGCUUGACGGAAUCCCUGUACCAGUCAUCAACCAAGAGACCUCUGGUGUCAUUCAACACGCCGCAGGAGAUCAAACCCGGCAUGUACUUUGUGGUCAAGUUCCUUCCAACAAUUCUGGCAGUGCUGUUUGGUGUUCUGUGGCAGAUCACCGACUUGGAGGUCAGGAGGUUGGAAGCUUACUACCAGCUGUCCAAGGAAGGGGGCGCCACCGCCGCAGAGACACUGAACGUUGACUACAUCACCGACCUCAGUCUUCUCAGGCCACUUUACGCAUAUCAGCUGCGCCAUUACGCGGUGAUGGUUUCCUCCAUGGCUUCUCUGCUCGCCGUGUCGGCAGUACCCACUCUGACCUCAGCCUGCAUCAUUCUCACCCCAGACCGCGAAACCAGAACCCAGAACCCAGACGCAUUAAAAGAGAUUUUAAUAGAUCCGACGUGGUCAAGGGUACUUGAAGUGGUAUUUUACUCCAUCGCAGUGAUGGGUGCUGUGCUCUUCUACCAGCUCCAAUCACGUCGUUCUGGCCUCCUUGCCGACGUUAGGGGAAUAGCUGGCCUAGCAGCGAUGGCGAACGUCUCUCACAUUCUCAUGGACUUCAAGGACAUGGAUGUAGCCACACACGAGGACAUCCACAAGAGGCUGGCUGACAAGCGAUAUGUGCUUCGGAACUCAGCUCUCGCACCCUUACCAGUCGAGGACGGUUACUCUGCCCGCAUGGCUACCGGCCAGGACGCCAACAGCCCGAGAAGAGGCAGUUUCGAGCACAGCUUCCACCUCUCGCUCAACCCGCAUCCACUCAUCCUUCGAGCGACGGGCUGCGUGCCUUUUAUCACAGGCAUCCUCCUAUUCACCGCCCUGCUCCCCAUCUUCCUCUUCACACCCGCAGGGUACCUGACCGACAAGGCACCGUGGGUGGCGACUGCGCUGGCAGUCUGCAUCAAGCUCGCAUGGGGCGCCCUCGACACAAACGUGAGGAUGAUGGAGCCCUUCUUCAUCCUGUACAAGCGGCACGCCGCGCCCAAGACGCUGACGCUUGACUAUACCGCCAUGCCGUUCGGGUGGGUAGCCCUCCGGGCGCUGGCGAACGGGCACUGGCUCGUCUUCGCCGUGGGGUUCGGCAGCGUCAUGACCGAGGUGCUGACCGUGCUCGUGACGAGCCUCGCGGCGGUGGAGGGCAAAGGUUUCGCAGCGAUGGUCAAGAACCAUACGGUCCACGGCGGUGACAACAUCAGCGCGGGCCAGGAGACGGCGGAUUCCUUCUGGAUGUCCCUCAGCCUGGCCACUUUUAUUCUGCUAUAUAUGGGCACCGCCGCGGCGGUGGUCUUUGUGCGGCGGCGGAAACCGUUCCUCCCGCGCCAGCCCAACACCAUCGCCAGCGUCCUGGCUUUCAUCCAUCAGAGCAAGAUGCUGUGGAAUUUUGUAGGGACAGAGAAGCUGGGCAACCGGGAGAUUGUUGAUUUCCUCGAGGGUGUAGGCCAGACUUAUGGGCUGGGCUGGUUCGAGGGGCGAGAUGGUAAGGAGCACUGUGGGAUUGAUCACGAGGAGCUCAAGACUUCUUACCGGCACGGGCUGGACUACAGCCGGAGUAACAAACCUUGGAUCGAGAGCUUCAGUGAGUGGCUGUAGUGUGCCUAUGCGUCGGCAGGAGCCCGGGUCGCCUGUGAUACCUUACCAAUACUGAAUACAAUUGCACGACACGACAGUGGCCUAAUUCA